CUUCUCCCGGGCCAUAUUUUCCCAGAAGAGGUCAGAAGCCGAUAGGUCCCAAAUCUAACAUCCGUCCCCCACGCCCGCAGUUCAACAUGAUGUUACAUUCUAGUCAGAUAGAGGCUACCAAGGGUGUUGAUGAGAUGUAUGAUGCUGCUUUAGCGGAGUUUUUCACCCCGUAUCACAUGUUGGUGGAUCUUAUCUGCCGAGUAGCUGUUGAUCACCAAAGUCUUUCAGAACCUAUAAUAAACCUAAGUGCUAUGGUUGCCAUUGAGGGUCCCCAUAUUUUGCAAAGUUAUGGUUUGAAAUCUAUCAUUCUGAGGUUGACCGGUCCUGUAUCAGGACUUUAUGUAAUUGUAGCUACUUUAUUGAAUAUGUGGACUCAGUAUUACUUGAUGAGAGGUUGUCUCUUAACAACCAUAAUAUCUACUAGUUCUUCUGCAACUUUUUUCCAAAGGUUCAUCAGCAAGUUUUGAGUGAUCAAGGGAGAUCCCUACUGGACAGCCUUGUAGCAUCUGUUACAGCAGAGAAAGCGGCCAUUGAAAAUGUUCGUUAUGAGAAAGAACUGACAAGCAUUUGUCAGAGGGUAAAUGGGGACUUGAGAGCUAUGCUAUUGAUAUUUUCUGUCCAACCACCCAAAAAACUAAAUCCUUUGCUGGAAGACAGCCUUCAUUACAUUCUACAAGUUUGUCGUGACCACCAAAAACAACAGGAGAAUGCUCAUCAAUCCCAGAAUUCCCUCAAAAGGUCAACUUCUGACCCAAGUCAGAGUGAAAAAGAGGAUGUUAAAGAGCAAGAAACACCUUCUAAGAAGAGAUGAAUAAGUAAGGAUGAAGAAGGUGAUGAAAAAGAGACCAAAGUUUCAAAGUCUGAGGAUCAGUCUAAAGACCCAAAAGCAGAAAAGUCCCAAGGAGAAGUUUCUGAGACCAACAACAAGAGUGGUAGUGACACUAGUCAAAACAAAGCAGAACCUAGCCAAGAACAGACAGACAAACCAGAGGUCAAAGAGGUCAAGGAGGAAGAACCUUGUACCUCAGGUCAAGGACAGAAUGCUGAGUCUGCCGUGUGUGAAGAAACUCCACGAAGGAAAAAUGCCACAAUGGUGGAUAUUGUUGCCAAACAUAUCGAAAGCUUGUUUGCAUUGAUUGAAAAGAAACAAUGAGGAAACAUAAACUUUAGAUAUCACUGCCUGAAAAUUACUGUAAAGAAUGUGUGUGAAGGAAGUGAAAGCUGUUGUUUUUGAGGACUUGUAGUAUUUUAAAUCAUGAAUUAAUUGAUUGCAAAUUCCAUGAAAGAGAGACAUGUUUUAAGGACUUUAUGUGUAUGCUCAAAUACAUGAAUGUUACUGGUAUAUGUAUCGGACAUAAAUUCAAUUUGCAAUCAAAUUUGCAGAUUGUUCAGUUAAAAAAUGCAUCUGCACCAUACUUGUUAAACAGCGACCCUGCAUAAAUUCCUCUCUUACACAGUAUGAAUUGUUUGAAGACAUCUGUCCUGUCUAUAAAUUGUGACUUGUGCAUUUACUUAGGUGUUCUUGACAUAUUCUACAGGUAUAAAUGAUUAUUGAUUAGAGAAUACAAGGUUGAAUGAGAAAACUUGUUCCAAUUUUUUUUUAUAUAAUUUAACCAAGUUCUAAUACUAUAAAUCAAAUAAUUAUCUUUUUUGUAUAGAAAUGGAGACAGGAGUUGGUGUCAGUGCUGAUUUUAGUAUGUGCAAUGUGAUAUCACUGCCAGAUACUCAACAAUAAUAUACAUUAUAUUUUGCUUGGAUUAUUUCAUAUCAGCCCAAGACAAAUCUUAAUUAUAAAUUAAAAACCACAAAGAUCAAA